CUCGGCCAUAAAUACUCGGCUAACUUCAAUCAAAUGGCAUGACAAGCCGGAAGUAAACAACCAGAAGAAAUUCUACUUUCAGUUGUAAUUUUGUUUCCUGAAUAAUACCACCACUUACAGACCGGCUAGUUAAGGAAGAGGAAAUACGUAAACAGAGGGCAAGAUCAUUCAGCUACAAAAUGGAUUUUGGAUCUGAUUAUGUGUAUUGUUAUGAUGAGCCAGACUUUGAGUAUAUUUAUGACGAGGAGUAUGAGGCUGGAAUGAAUGUCAGUGAUUCAGACUCAGAUGAUGAGGGGGCUGACCCAGUUCCUUCUGUUCUUGGAGACCCCGCUCCAUUCACAAGUUCACCACUGCCCCCUCUAAUGGUUGGCAUGGGCCCACAGGUCCCUCCCCCACCACCUCCACCUGCUGCAGUGGGUUUUUCCAGCAGUCUUAGGUCGGUGCCACCUGCUCCUGCUCCCCCAGUUGUACCUCAAAGGGCCAUGAAGUUUGGACGAGGACAUUGGAGGACAAACACUAAAUCCAAUGCUAGUACCGCCAGCGGGAGUCAGCCGAGGCCUGGACGUCGUGUACGGCAGGCAGACACCAACAUCGUGUCCGUCAAGUUUGACAAGUUGAUCACCCCGAGCAACAUGCACGCAGGUGACCCCCAGGCAUGUGACGGUUGUGGAGCCAUCCUGUCGCACAUGAGUAAACUGCUGACACGUGGAGAGGAAAAGGUGUGGGAGUGUGAGUUUUGCGGGCGUGAUUACCCAGUGGACGUGGAGGAGGGUGAAGUGCCCACGACUGGGGACGUGACGUACAUGUUGGAGCCUGGGCUUGCCACGACCGCUAGUGGACCAGCCGGCCUUGACCAGGCAUUUGUUGUCUUCUGUGUUGAUGUCUCAGGCAGCAUGUGUGUCACUACCGAGGUCCCUGGCCAUAUUGAGCUCCGCGGAGCCGAGAGUCUGCGUCAGGCUCGAUUGAUGAACCGUGAGCGCGCUGACCAGUACCUGCCCAGGCAGAGUCGGAACGUGACAUACGUGUCCCGCCUCCAGUCUGUUCAGGCCGCCAUCGACCAUCAGCUCAACGAAAUGGCCCGUGACUUUCCAAACAGACGUGUAGCACUCGUCACCUUCAGUAAUGAGGUGACAGUGUAUGGUGAUGGGAAGUGUGAGCCUGUAUCCAUUGUCGGUGACAAGUUGACACGACGGGAAACCCUCACUGAGAUUUCGCAGGAAACUCCCUUUCCAGACAACGUGAAAAACUCAAGACAACAACUCAGUAAAAAACUCUUUGAGCUUGAGGAGGGUGGUCCUACGGCUCUGGGCCCAGCAUUGCUGGUGGCCACAACGAUGGCAGGGCGUGUGCGGGGCUCCAAGGUGAUCCUAUGUACAGACGGGCUCGCAAACAUUGGCAUGGGCAAGCUUGAUAAUGUCAAUACUGAUGCAGAAGUGGAGCAGGCUGCACAGUUCUAUGAUGAUGUCUCUGACACAGCUGUGCAGAAUGGUGUUUCGAUAUCUGUGAUCACAAUCAAGGGGACGGACUGCAGACUUGUAGAGCUCGGGAAAAUGGCUGACAAGACUGGAGGACAGGUGAACAUUGUUGACCCACUGAAGUUGACUCAGGAGUUUAGCUCCAUCCUGGCCAACAAGGUGAUCGCCACCAAUGUAACAGCCACCAUGAUUAUACAUAAAGAAUUGUUUUUCUUCUAUGAUGAAACUGAGGAAAGUAAAGUUGUGCGUAACAUUGGCAAUGUGACAGCUAGCACAGAAAUCACAUUUGAGUAUGGCAUGCGUACCAAGCCCCAGGAAGAAAAGUCUAGCGAAUCAAAACCUGACCAAUCAACAAACAUUGCUGAACAGGGAACCAAUCAGGCUGAAACAAGUCAAGCAGAACAGAUGGAAGUUGAGGCUCAGGGGGCCCCCAUAGGAGCUGAGGAGCAGACAGAAGGAGCUGAGCCAAUGAAGGAAGAAGACAACACCACAUCUGAGGCACCAAAAGGGGCUGAAGGGCCGCCGGAGGUGGAUGAUAAUAAAGAGCUGCCCUUCCAGUUGCAGAUCGUUUACACAGACACAGAAGGGGCCAAGGCCUUAAGGGUGAUCACCAAGACAAAACCUGUGACAAGGGACAGGAAAAAGGCAGAGAGAUUGGCGAAGCUGGACGUGUUGGCAGCCCACACAGCACAGACCUCAGCCCAGAUGGCACAGGAUGGGAAGUACACGUUGUCAAGGGAACGUGCGCUCAUGAACCAGCGUGUUGCUUGGAGACACACUAGAGAUGAUGAUGGUAGAGUGGUCCAGAGCCAUACAAAGUACAAAAAAGCAUUCGGAAAGAUCAAAUCAAUGGAGAAUUACCUGGCGGGUCGCCAGCGGUCGGAGCGAUCAACACAUGGACGCACGUACAGUGACGAGGAAGAGGAUGAACCUGAUAUGGAGAUGAACGCAGCUCCAAAAGCAAAGUCCAAGUCUUUCUUCUCCAGGCUUAGGAAGAAGCGGUCUGAGACGACAGAAGACCAUGGUGCAGCAAUAAUCUAUAAGGGGAAGAGUGCUAAAAGUUUCUUUACCGACAGCGACUAAAGAUAGCUUACAAGUCAAGAAACAUUAAAAGUUAAAAAAAAAAGCUUAAUAUAAUGCAAUUAUGUUGAAGAAAAAUCAAACAAUGGUGUGAAAACAUCUUUUUGUUAAACUUGUGUAAUAUGACUGCUCUAUUUCGAAUGGUCAGAAAUUGUAUCAAUCUGAAUGCCUGUAAACAAUUUAAUCAUUAAAAAAAUAAUUGCUUAAUUGGCAACAUUCCAACAAGUCAUAUGUCUAUAUUUAUACCCCAGACAAACAAUGUUUGAAUGGGGGUAAAUUGCAGUCAACCUGUGGUUGGUAGGUCGGUUGCAAUUUUCCUUGUCCAGAGCAUAACUUGAAAAGAACAGGAUCGAAUUUAGUUAAACAUCAUACAAUGGUUAAACCAGAUUCAUGGUCCAUGAUGGAAAUGCAGUGUACAAUAGAUUAAAUUAUGCAUCAUACUUGGAUCAAGCACCAUGAUUCAUGCAAAUGCAGUGUACAAUAUCCUCAGAGUUAUGGCCUCUUUUCAAAGAUAUACUUUGCCAUUCCUGUGUCCAGCCAGUAUUCAGGGUCAUUCGUCACUCCUGUGACAGCUCUAGUUGUUGUUGUUUUCAAUAAAAAAAAACAUUUAUUUCAUUUUCUAUCUUUUAGUUAACAUGAUAUUUCUUCUUGAUUUCAUAAAGAAACAUGUUUAAAGACAGCCGGUACAAGAUGUGUUACACAGGCAAUAUAUCAUGAACAUAUAACAAAUUAUGACAUCAUCUUACCAGAUCUGAUGUCAGAAUUGAAAAGAAAGCAAAUUUCCAGGGAAUGUUUAUAAGGGUUUUUUACAGAUUCAGACAAUAUUCCUGUUUAUAGAUAUGUAAGCUAAAUGUCUACCGUAUAUGAUAACCAUAAUUCUCAAAAGUGACAUAAUUUGCAUUGUUAUUUUUUUCACCAUAAUCAAAUAUUUUACAUAGUAAUCCAUUGUUUGAGCCUUACUGUCCAUUCAUAUCAUUUUGAUAUCUUAUGUUCUUAUAAUCCUGUUACCGUAUCACUGUUAUGUAUAGAGUUAUUAAUUACUUUGUUAGUUAUAUGCACCUUUUGAAUUCUUGUGUAAUUUUAAAUUUAUGUAUUUGAUACCUUACAUGUAAACAUAAUUUGGAUUGGCUGAGAAGGGUUACACAAAAAUGUGACUCGAAAAGAGGUCAUGUCUCCUCAUAUGCCAUUUUAUGUUGUUGUUUUGCUGCCAAUCAAUGAACACUAAACCAAGAGUGUAGGAAUGUAAGGGCUUCAUAUUUGCUUCAUGAUUUAUGAUCAUUAAUUUCAAUUUGUGUAUUGUUAAUAGUAAAUUUUGUAAUACUAGUAUACCAAUUACAGACUUCUGUUUCGGUCCAUUUGUAGUUUUUCUGACCUCUCAAGUGAUAUUGACCUUUACAGAAGUCUGUAUUUGUAUAUUAUAUUAGGUCACCUUAUAUUGUUUAAAUUUCAUAUUUUUCUCCAUAAACAUUCUUAAAUGUUUGUAAAUAGUGCAAUUAUAUUGUCCAAAAGUUUAUUUUAUCAUAUGUCCACAAAAUAAAUACUGUAAUAUUGAUGACAUGGGUCUUUAGUCGUUAAAACCAAAUUUCUAACCAGAGCUGCUGAUUUCUUCCCUUGUCAAGAAACAUUGUGAAGAUUAGCGUGUGUAACAACCAAACAAAUUCAAAUCAUUCUAUCACUUGCUGAGGAAAAAUGUCCCUGUUGCUGAUGAAAAGAAAUAUCAGCUGUAAAAAUAUAUUUAAAUAAAGUAAUUACCAUGAAAAAUUUGAGCACUGGAUUAAAAGUCUGAAGUAUUUAAUCUCAGCUGCCCAUAGAUAUAUAACACGAUUUGACCAUAAUCCCAUGUAUGAAUUCAUACCAUUUAUUUUACACUUUAAUGACAGUUUUGCUCAAACAUAUCAAAGGUUGGAUUGAAUAGAACCAUGGAGUUCCUGUGUGUUUGUGAAAUCCUAUUGCAGUGGCACAAAGACCUAUGAUGUAGAGUUUUGAAUGUUGGGAUUUUGUUACCUUCCUACUGAAUGUUCUGUUGUUAUUCGGGUUGUUUGUUAUUUGUGUAUUCACAAAACAGUUUCGUUAUGUAUAUGGUUUAUUUUUUCAUUUUUUUCUACUCACUUUGUAAAUAAAAGUUUUUACCUUAAUAAAACUUGGAAAAGUA